GACCGUUCUCGGCAGUAUGGCUUCGGCUGCCGGUACGACCGUUAGUAGUUUUUCGUGGUGUGGUACGUGUUCGUGCGUGAGCGUGCUCUGUUUCGUGAGAGAAAAGGACGAAGGUUUGCGGUGAAGGGACCUAUCGAGAAGAUCAGCUGGGCGAACGAGAGCCCUGAUACGCGACAUCCGAAUCAGUCAUGCGGCGGAAUGUCAAGAUCGCGUUGCUCUUGUCAUGCGCGUGGAUGUUCGCCUUUGUUUACUACUAUCACACAUCCAGGGAUAGCAAGCAGAAUGAAAACAGAGCUUUACGGCUGAAAGAACCCGCGUCCCUGGCACUCUCCGCCGGCGGGAAUUCCGGCAGCUACGUGGACCCGGACGGCACGGCCAUUGUAAUGUCAUCCGAGCUCCUGCCGGCACCGACCCCGGAUCCGAGAGUGACGUGGAAUUACUUCGACGAACAGGGGUACGUCUCGAGAGGCGGUCUGCGUGCAGGCGAGGACCCAUACGCGAGGAAUAAAUUCAAUCAGGAAGCCUCCGACGGUCUUCCGAGCAAUCGUGACAUACCCGAUACUCGCAGCGCCAUGUGUAGAAUGAAACAAUGGAGACAGGAUUUGCCACCGACUUCCGUUAUAAUUACUUUCCACAAUGAAGCACGGUCUACGCUACUCAGAACUGUCGUCAGUGUACUGAACAGAAGUCCGGAACAUCUGAUCAAGGAAAUCAUUUUAGUAGAUGAUUUCAGCGAUCAUCCCGAAGACGGCGAAGAGCUAUCGCGAAUUCAUAAAGUUCGUGUGAUCAGAAACGAAAAGAGAGAGGGAUUGAUGAGAUCGCGUGUCCGCGGCGCAGAUGCAGCUACCGCGAGUGUGUUGACAUUUUUGGAUUCGCACUGCGAAUGCAACGCGGACUGGCUUGAACCACUUCUGGAAAGGGUGGCCGAAGACCCAACCAGGGUGGUCUGUCCUGUGAUCGAUGUGAUCAGUAUGGACACUUUCCAAUAUAUUGGAGCUUCCGCUGACCUCAGAGGUGGUUUCGAUUGGAGUUUGGUCUUUAAAUGGGAGUAUCUCAGCCAAGCGGAACGACAGGCGAGACAAAAGGACCCGACGCAAGCUAUUAGGACCCCUAUGAUUGCUGGCGGACUGUUUGUCAUCAACAAAGCGUACUUUGAGAAACUCGGCAAAUACGAUACUCAGAUGGACGUUUGGGGCGGCGAGAAUCUCGAAAUAUCGUUUCGCGUGUGGCAAUGCGGUGGCAGCUUAGAGAUUAUCCCGUGCUCACGUGUGGGCCAUGUAUUCCGCAAACGUCAUCCUUACUCGUUCCCCGGAGGCAGCGGAAACGUGUUUGCGCGAAACACGAGGCGUGCCGCCGAAGUAUGGAUGGACGACUACAAGCAAUUCUACUAUAACGCCGUGCCGUUGGCACGAAAUAUCCCUUACGGAAAUAUCCAAGACAGAAUGGAGCUAAAACGAAAACUGCAUUGCAAGCCUUUUAGUUGGUAUCUGAAGAACGUCUAUCCCGAAUUGAUAAUACCUACGAGCGAGGGUGGUCCAGGAGGCUCUUUGAAGCAAGGCACUGCCUGCUUAGAUAGCAUGGGCCAUCUUCUCGACGGAAACGUUGGUCUCUAUCCUUGUCAUAACACCGGUGGCAAUCAGGAGUGGGGCCUCACAAAAGACGGCUUGAUCAAGCAUCACGAUCUCUGCCUGACCCUACCGGUGUACGCCAAGGGCACGACGCUACUGAUGCAAAUCUGCGACGGCAGCGAGAAUCAAAAGUGGCGGCACUUGGAAGGCGGCUUGAUCCGCCACACCAGAAUACCUGUGUGUGUGGACUCGCGGUAUCACGCGCAGCGCGGUAUCACGGCGGAGAAGUGCGACUCGAAUGCGGAGACGCAGAGGUGGCAUCUCUACAACCACAAUCACUAGCUGAUAUGGCUGCGGUGAACACGCCAUUCAUCCGCAAGACUCUUACUUAUCGUCGCGCGCCGCGACGUGAUCAAAGUCAUUCUAACCGAAGCCGACCGCGUCAGAGGCGCCGUUACUUAAUUAGGGACUGGCUGUCCGCGCGCGAACAGAUCGAUCAAUUCGGGCAAGUUACUUACCGUAUAUCAGCGUAUCUUUGUGCAAUAAUCGUGGCUCUUCUUCUGGUCUCUCAUAUAAUACCGAAGAAGAGCCUAUCUUGUACCGCGCUGAUUUGCAAGCUCGCGAUUUCCCAAUGCAGCUUGUUUCAUAAAAUUUAGACGAGAGUGUAUUUGGAUCUGGGCAUCGUAUAAUAAUGAAAAAUUGGUAUUACAUGAGACGAGAUAAUUUCGCAGAAAACAGUGAAAAAAGUUUUAAGACUGCUUGGUGUAUAUGAUACUAAUCAAUAAGCUUCAGUUUUAAUAUCCAUUCGAAAUUCUAUCGCUUUUAAUCGUUUUCUUAGACACUAAGAAAACGCUAGAAAUCAUCACAAUAUUUCUUUUAUAAUGACAAAAGAUUAAUCUUAUUGAUAGGGUAACGUCUCGCAAUCGAUGUGUGAUAAGCAUAAUAUUAUUUAUAGUAAAAUAAUGUAAAAAACGUGAAGGAAUGUGUGUACGAAUUGUGACAAUGCGGAAGUUGCAUAUACCGUUUCGAUGUUGCGACCCGAAGCACGUUGGUUGCGACUGUCUUAAGUCUCGAAUGCAUGGAUUACGGUAUAUACUUCAAACGUGCGCUGGAUUUAAACGAAGGAAAAUCAUAUUAUUGAAAAAGCCAUUUUUAACACUUUUAGCCUUGAAGAUAAUUAAUAUAGCAAACAAAUCCCUUGUAUUCGCGGUUUAAAGUGUUAUAAAGAGAGCUAAAUGUGUAUAUUAAUUAAGAAAUAAUUGAAUUGUAUACGCAGAAUACUCAUGCACAGUUUUGGCUCAUGAUUAUCAAACUCGAAGAAUUUGUUUGAGAAAUAUAUUACUUGAAUAAAGAUUGACUUAUAGAGUAUUGCGUGGAUGCGAUCAGCUCGUCACUUUUCGCAAGAUGUAUCGUUUAUAAAAUCUCAAAAAAUUUAAUUUAAUGUAUAAAUAUAAAUUUAUAGAGUUCCUUUUAAAAAGGAACUCUCAUUAAUAUAGAAGAUUUAUGUAUAAUGCAAUUGUAAAUUUAGAUUGAUAUCGACAAUUGAAGAGUUAAGUGAAAUCGGUCCAGAAGAUGACAACAACGCUAUUAAUGAAAUAUAAUAAAAAAAAGAUCACCGUUUAGAAAUCGAUUUAAGAAAAAGCAAAGGUUAAAAAUUAAAUUAUCUUUUUUUGUUUUAUGUAUAAUCAGAGAUGAUGAAACAAAGAGAUAGGAAUAUAUAUAUAUAUA